AUGAAGUUCAACUUGUUGGCUUUUUCACUUUUCCUACUCCUUUUUAUAAAUUUGAGUCCCCUUUGUAACGGGGGGUUUCUUUAUAGACACAAAAAUCCGCCUACAUUAUUGGAAGAUCUUGUUGGUUCCGAUAUUUAUAGCUGGUUUUUUGGUCAGCAGAAACAUAAGUCUACUUUUUGGGAAGAUUUUUUUGGCCAGAAUAAUGAGGAAGAAGCUUCGGUUUCGAACUCUUUUUCGUCAUUAUUUAAAAGCGAUGCCGGCACGUCUUCCAUCGCCGCCGGAAAUAAACCUCCAGCUAGUGAAGAGGCUGCUCAUUUUUCUGCACCGAUUGUUCAGUCAAAAGGGUUUGGGUCUUCACUGGCAGGUUUAUUUUCCGGUAUCGAAGGGAAGAAAUCUCGUCCAUCUAUUCUCGCGGAGAUAUUCUCAAUUUUGGGGCUGAACGGUCUAUUUGAAAUCGUUGGAAAUAACAAUGUGUUCCUUUUUGUGGAUUUUAUCAUCUCUAUAUUUAUCCUGCUAUCAACGUUUUCAUUAUGGGGAUUCGUCUCCGUUUGGUGGCAAUUUAGUAAUAUCCUGCUCCCCCUCACUGCAUUCUUUAUUCUUUACUUGAUUAAAAAGAACGCUCUUGCGAUCCCCUUAUUAUACCAAUUGUCAUAUUUAUGCUGGUUGUAUCUCAACCUUGCAUUCACAUCUUGUAGAAUUAUAUUCUAUGUUUUCAGGAACAUCAAUGUAGCUCAAAGUUCUUCCAACACUGGUUAG